AAUAUCGUGUAUACAAAAACAAAUAGCAUGGUUCACAGACUAUAACAAUCAUUGUCGUUACCGAACCGUUACCCUCAACAUCACCUAUCAAUCUGUCCCUAUAUAUAUUCAAGAAGAGUAAGGAAAGGUUUAUAUAUUGUUGAAACCAAUCACUUCUAUAUACCAGUACAUUUUUUGUUUUACUCUUCAAUGGAUUUGUCUGAGAGGGCAGGCGCUAAGAGGUGGCUUCCUCUGGAAGCUAAUCCUGAAGUCAUUAAUCAGUUUAUGUGGGGCCUUGGUGUUCCUGAAGAAGAAGCAGAGUUCUGUGAUGUUUAUGGAUUUGACGAUGAGCUAUUAGACAUGGUUCCCAAGCCUGUACUGGCCGUACUCUUCCUUUAUCCACUCAAUCAAGCAACCGAGGGAACUGAGGAAGGACAGAAGGAAUCGAGCAGCAAUCUUUAUUUCAUGAAACAAACUGUUGGGAAUGCCUGUGGGACUGUUGGCCUCCUCCAUGCUGUGGCCAACAUUAGAUCAGAAGUUCAUCUAGUUACUGGAUCCUAUUUUGAUAGAUUCUUUACAUCCACUGCAAAUAUGAAUGCUGAGCAGCGUGCUGAGUUCCUUGAAACGGAUACAGAAUUGGAGGAUGCACAUUCCGUUGCAGCUUCUGCGGGCGAUACUACUGCUCCUGAUCUGACUGUCAAUGUGGAUUUGCAUUUUGUUUGCUUCACUUGUGUCGAUGGUCAAUUAUAUGAAUUAGAUGGAAGGAGGUCAGAUCCUGUGUGUCAUGGACCUAGUUCACGUGAAACCUUUUUGAUGGACACUGUCAAAAUCCUUCAAAAUGUUGUCCAGAAAUGUCCCGAUUCAGUGAACUUCAAUGUCAUAGCGUUGUCAAAGAAAACCUGAGCCUGGAUUAGAGAAUGGUGAUGACAUAAAGAUGUCGUGUUGUUUGAUGAAAAAACCAGAAUAUCUGGAGGUAGCUUUAAAUUUUUCAAAUGAUUUCUUUUGCUGGGAAGAGAGCUACAUAGUCUGAAUUCGAGCAGCAAGCUACAAACUCAGCAAAUUUUGCAACUUGAAAAUUAAUAUUAGUACUAUUAUUUGUCUAUAUAAAAUGUGGAAUUAAUCCAUACAAACUCUUAUAGUUAUAAUGAACUAUUGUAUUUGUAGGAAUUAUUGUUUUUUUUUAACUGAAUAAUUUUGGAGAUUUUAUUCUUUAGCUUAAAUUUUGUGA